UUCCCUUACGGAUGUUGGAGGGGAACACAGAGUGAUUCUCAGAGGGAAAAAAGCCAAAGGAGAUGAUUACUGCAAAGGUUUGCUUUUUGGCUUUGGGAGUGGAUCGUUUUUGUCAAUGAGAGGCAAGUGUAAAAUGGGAGACUUUGGAAAGCUUCUGUCUUAAGAAACCUGCAGAGCAGUAGAAGCAACAGCAGCAGGAAAACCUUAUAUUUGCAGAUAUGUGGAUAAUGGCAUUCCUUGUGGUGUGAUUUCUCCUUCUUCUCAGCACUUUUUUAUGCAUGGGGCACAACAAUAAUUAAGAGUUGCAGGAUGAAAAGAUGGCACAAUCAAUGCUGGUACCACCAGGACCUGACAGCUUCCGCUUUUUCACGAGAGAAUCUCUGGCAGCUAUCGAACAACGUAUUGCUGAGGAAAAAGCUAAGAAGCCCAAACAAGAGCGCAAAGACAUUGACGACGACGAAAAUGGACCCAAACCCAAUAGUGACUUGGAGGCGGGCAAAUCACUGCCUUUUAUUUAUGGAGACAUCCCUCCGGGAAUGGUCUCUGAGCCCUUGGAGGACCUGGACCCUUUCUAUGCGAACAAAAAAACAUUUAUAGUAUUGAAUAGAGGGAAGGCGAUCUUCCGAUUCAGUGCCACCUCUGCCGUGUACCUGUUAACGCCUUUCAACCCUAUUAGAAAAAUAGCUAUUAAAAUUUUGGUACAUUCAUUAUUCAGCAUGCUCAUUAUGUGCACUAUUUUGACCAAUUGUGUAUUUAUGACCAUGAGUAAUCCUCCAGACUGGACAAAGAAUGUAGAAUACACAUUCACUGGAAUUUAUACUUUUGAAUCCCUAAUAAAAAUUCUUGCAAGGGGCUUCUGUUUAGAAGGUUUCACCUUCCUUCGAGACCCUUGGAACUGGCUUGACUUCACAGUCAUUACAUUUGCGUAUGUAACAGAAUUUGUAAACCUAGGCAAUGUUUCAGCUCUUCGAACUUUCAGAGUAUUGAGAGCUUUGAAAACUAUUUCUGUAAUCCCAGGCCUGAAAACUAUUGUGGGAGCCCUAAUUCAGUCAGUGAAGAAGCUCUCGGAUGUAAUGAUCCUGACUGUGUUUUGUCUGAGUGUAUUUGCACUAAUAGGGCUCCAGCUUUUCAUGGGGAACUUGAGGCAUAAAUGUCUGAUCUGGCCACCAGACAAUUCUACUUUUCAGAUAAACAUCACUUCCUACUUCAAUAGCUCAGCAGGAGAAAAUGGCACAUUUAUUAAUACAACCAUCAGCACAUUUAACUGGGAUGAGUACGUCGACGAUGACAGCCACUUUUACUUCUUGGAAGGACAAAAUGAUGCUUUGCUCUGUGGCAACAGCUCAGAUGCAGGCCAAUGCCCAGAAGGAUAUAUGUGUGUAAAAGCUGGUAGAAAUCCCAACUAUGGCUACACAAGCUUUGAUACAUUCAGCUGGGCCUUCUUGUCUCUCUUUCGGCUGAUGACUCAGGACUUCUGGGAAAAUCUUUAUCAGCUGACCUUGAGAGCUGCUGGCAAAACAUACAUGAUCUUUUUUGUUCUGGUGAUCUUCCUGGGCUCUUUCUAUUUGAUUAAUUUGAUCCUGGCUGUCGUCGCCAUGGCCUACGAAGAACAGAAUCAAGCCACCAUGGAAGAAGCGGAGCAGAAAGAGGCAGAGUUUCAGCAGAUGCUCGAGCAGUUGAAAAAACAACAAGAAGAAGCUCAGGCAGCCGCUUUAGCUGCAGCGGCAGGUGAAUCUCGAGAGUUCAGUGAAGCUGGUGGUGUAGGAGGGUUCUCGGAGAGUUCUUCAGCGACAUCAAAGCUGAGUUCAAAGAGUGCUAAAGAGAGGAGGAACAGGCGAAAAAAGAGGAAACAGAGAGAACAAUCUGAAGGAGAUGAAAAGGACGAAGAUGAAUUUCACAAAUCUGAAUCAGAGGAUAGCAUUAGAAGGAAAGGCUUUCGAUUCUCCAUUGAAGGGAACAGACUGACAUAUGAAAAACGGUUUUCUUCCCCACACCAGUCUUUGCUGAGCAUUCGAGGAUCCAUAUUUUCCCCACGGCGCAGCAGCAGAACGAGUCUUUUCAGCUUCAGAGGCCGAGCAAAGGACAUAGGUUCUGAGAAUGACUUUGCUGACGAUGAGCAUAGCACAUUUGAAGACAACGAGAGCAGAAGAGACUCUCUGUUUGUCCCUCACAGGCACAGUGAGCGGCGCAAUAGUAACAUCAGUCAAGCCAGUCGAUCGUCCCGGAUGAUACCCAUACUUCCAGCAAAUGGGAAGAUGCACAGCACUGUGGAUUGCAAUGGAGUGGUCUCCUUAGUUGGUGGGCCUACAGCUCUCAUGUCACCCACAGGCCAACUUCUGCCUGAGGGCACCACUACAGAAACAGAAUUAAGGAAAAGGCGCUCAAGUUCUUACCAUAUGUCUAUGGAUUUUUUGUCUGAUCCUGCUGCAAGACAAAGGGCAAUGAGUAUAGCCAGCAUACUUACUAACACAAUGGAAGAACUUGAAGAAUCCAGGCAGAAAUGCCCUCCAUGCUGGUACAAAUUUGCUAACAUGUGUUUGAUCUGGGAUUGCUGUGCUCCAUGGUUAAAAAUAAAGCAUGUUGUUAACUUGAUUGUGAUGGACCCCUUUGUUGACCUUGCUAUCACCAUCUGCAUCGUCUUGAACACCUUAUUUAUGGCCAUGGAACAUUAUCCAAUGACACCUCAGUUUAACAAUGUGCUGUCAGUUGGGAACUUGGUGUUCACCGGGAUCUUCACAGCAGAAAUGUUUUUGAAGAUAAUAGCCAUGGAUCCUUAUUAUUAUUUCCAAGAAGGCUGGAAUAUUUUCGAUGGCAUUAUUGUCAGCCUUAGUUUAAUGGAGCUGGGUCUCGCAAACGUGGAAGGAUUGUCAGUCCUAAGAUCCUUCAGACUGUUGCGAGUGUUCAAGUUGGCAAAAUCUUGGCCAACUCUAAAUAUGCUGAUAAAGAUCAUUGGCAACUCUGUUGGGGCUCUGGGGAAUCUGACUUUGGUCUUGGCCAUCAUUGUCUUCAUCUUUGCUGUGGUUGGCAUGCAGCUGUUUGGCAAAAGCUACAAAGAAUGUGUCUGCAAGAUCUCUAACGACUGUGAACUUCCACGCUGGCACAUGAAUGACUUCUUCCACUCUUUCUUGAUUGUCUUCCGAGUCCUUUGUGGAGAAUGGAUAGAGACCAUGUGGGAUUGCAUGGAAGUUGCUGGACAAACAAUGUGCCUUACAGUCUUCAUGAUGGUCAUGGUAAUUGGAAAUCUGGUGGUUUUGAAUCUAUUUCUGGCCUUGUUGCUGAGCUCCUUCAGUUCUGACAAUCUUGCUGCUACUGAUGAUGACAAUGAAAUGAACAAUCUGCAAAUUGCUGUUGCAAGGAUUCAAAAGGGCAUCGAUUUUGUGAAAAGAAAAGUGCAUGAAUUUGUCCAAAAGGCCUUUGUGAGGAAACAAAAAGCUUUAGAUGAAAUUAAACCUCUUGAAGACCUAAAUAAUAAGAAAGACAGCUGCAUUUCCAACCAUACCAUAGUAGAUAUUGGUAAAGAUCUCAACUACAUUAAAGAUGGUAAUGGAACAACCAGUGGUAUAGGCAGCAGCGUGGAAAAAUACAUCAUUGAUGAAAGUGAUUACAUGUCAUUCAUAAACAACCCAAGUGUAACUGUGACAGUACCUAUCGCUGUUGGAGAAUCAGAUUUUGAAAACCUAAACACAGAGGAGUUUAGCAGCGAGUCAGAUUUGGAAGAAAGCAAGGAGAAGCUAAAUGCAUCUAGUUCAUCUGAAGGCAGCACUGUUGAUGUCGGAGCUCCCCCAAUAGGAGAACAACCAGAAGCUGAACCGGAAGAAUCUCAAGAACCGGAAGCCUGCUUUACAGAAGGCUGUGUGCGGAAGUUCAAGUGCUGCCAAGUAAGCACAGAAGAUGCGAAAGGGAAAAUGUGGUGGAACCUCCGGAAGACCUGCUACAAAAUAGUAGAACAUAAUUGGUUUGAGACCUUUAUUGUCUUCAUGAUUCUCCUCAGCAGUGGUGCUCUGGCCUUUGAAGACAUAUAUAUUGAGCAGCGCAAGACUAUUAAGACCAUGCUGGAGUAUGCUGACAAGGUCUUCACGUACAUCUUCAUCCUAGAAAUGCUUCUGAAAUGGGUGGCCUACGGUUUUCAAGUAUAUUUCACUAACGCCUGGUGCUGGCUGGAUUUCCUCAUUGUUGAUGUUUCUUUAGUUAGCUUAACAGCGAAUGCCUUGGGCUACUCAGAACUUGGUGCAAUUAAGUCACUUAGGACUUUAAGAGCUUUGAGACCUCUAAGAGCCUUAUCAAGAUUUGAAGGAAUGAGGGUUGUGGUGAACGCUCUUUUGGGAGCCAUACCAUCAAUCAUGAAUGUACUUCUUGUGUGUCUUAUAUUCUGGCUCAUCUUCAGCAUUAUGGGAGUAAAUCUGUUUGCUGGCAAGUUCUACCACUGUGUUAAUACAUCCACUGGUGAAAUGUUUGAUAUCAGCCAAGUUGACAAUCAGACUCAAUGUGAAGAACUCAUAGAAAGAAAUGAAACAGCCCGAUGGAAAAAUGUGAAAGUCAACUUUGAUAACGUGGGUCUUGGUUACCUCUCUUUGCUUCAAGUAGCCACUUUUAAAGGCUGGAUGGAUAUCAUGUAUGCAGCGGUGGAUUCACGAAAAGUAGAAGAACAACCUAAAUAUGAGGAUAACCUGUAUAUGUAUCUUUACUUUGUCAUCUUUAUCAUCUUUGGCUCCUUCUUCACCUUGAAUUUAUUUAUUGGUGUCAUCAUAGAUAAUUUUAAUCAGCAAAAAAAGAAGUUUGGAGGUCAAGACAUCUUUAUGACAGAAGAACAGAAAAAAUACUACAACGCAAUGAAAAAACUAGGGUCCAAGAAGCCACAGAAACCUAUUCCUAGGCCAGCGAACAAAUUCCAAGGCAUGGUUUUUGAUUUUGUAACAAAGCAAGCCUUUGACAUCAGCAUCAUGAUUCUUAUCUGCCUUAACAUGGUCACCAUGAUGGUAGAAACAGAUGACCAAACUGAUGCAAUGGAGAACAUUUUGUACAGAAUUAACCUGAUCUUCAUUGUCCUUUUCACCGGAGAAUGUGUCCUGAAACUGAUUUCUCUCCGAUAUUAUUAUUUCACCAUUGGCUGGAACAUUUUUGAUUUUGUGGUUGUCAUUUUAUCCAUUGUAGGUAUGUUUCUAGCAGAAAUUAUUGAGAAAUACUUUGUGUCCCCCACCUUGUUCCGAGUUAUCCGACUUGCCAGGAUAGGUCGAAUCCUGCGGCUUAUCAAGGGUGCCAAAGGGAUCCGCACUCUGCUUUUCGCCUUGAUGAUGUCUCUGCCUGCCUUGUUUAACAUCGGUCUCCUGCUUUUCCUCGUCAUGUUCAUCUACGCUAUAUUUGGAAUGUCCAACUUUGCCUACGUCAAAAGAGAAGUUGGGAUUGAUGACAUGUUCAACUUUGAAACUUUUGGCAACAGUAUGAUCUGCCUCUUUCAAAUUACCACCUCUGCUGGCUGGGAUGGCUUGCUAGCACCCAUUCUUAACAGUGGGCCUCCAGACUGUGACCCUUACAAAGAUCACCCAGGAAGCUCAGUCAAAGGAGACUGUGGCAAUCCUUCUGUUGGGAUUUUCUUCUUUGUCAGCUACAUUAUCAUAUCAUUUCUAGUUGUAGUAAACAUGUAUAUUGCUGUAAUUCUGGAGAACUUCAGUGUUGCAACGGAAGAAAGUGCUGAGCCUUUGAGCGAGGAUGACUUUGAAAUGUUCUAUGAGGUCUGGGAAAAGUUUGAUCCGGAUGCAACCCAAUUCAUAGAGUUUAGUAAGCUCUCUGAUUUUGCUGCUUCGCUGGAUCCUCCUCUUUUAAUACCAAAACCAAACAAGGUUCAGCUUAUUGCAAUGGACCUGCCCAUGGUAAGUGGUGACAGAAUUCACUGCCUCGACAUCUUGUUUGCUUUCACAAAACGCGUUUUGGGUGAAAGCGAUGAAAUGGAUGCCCUUCGGGUACAAAUGGAAGAUCGGUUUAUGCAAGCCAAUCCAUCCAAAGCCUCCUAUGAACCAAUUACAACCACGUUGAAACGAAAGCAAGAGGAAGUGUCUGCUGUCAUUAUUCAGCGAGCCUUCAGGCGCUACCUCCUAAAACAAAAAGUUAAAAAAGUUUCCUGCCUUUUUAAUAAAGAUCGAAUUAAAGCUGGAGAUGACACGCUUAUCAAAGAAGAUAUGAUAAUUGACAAACUCAAUGAGAAUUCUACUCCUGAAAAAAACGAUAUGACCCCUUCCACCACCUCUCCACCCUCCUAUGAUAGCGUUACAAAGCCUGACAAAGAGAAAUAUGAAAAAGACAAAUCAGAAAAAGAAGAUAAAGGUAAAGAUAUCAGGGACAGUAAAAAAUGAGUAAAGCGAAUGGUUCCUUUUGUGACAAAUUGUUUACAGCUUGAGAAAGUAAAGUCUUAUUUCAAAAGGACUCCCUAUAGGAGGUUUAUGCCAAACUGACUGUUUUUACACACGCAGACACACUCACAUAUAAAUAUAUCUAUAAAUAUAUAUACAAAUGUUAGAUAUAUACUUAAGGUCAGUGCCUAUUAACAAGACAGUGACCCCCUCAUCAUCCAAAUGCUCCUCUGUAGAACAGGGCGGCAACCUUGAGAGGAGGUUACUGUUUUAAUUACCAGCUGACACUGCUGAAGAGGAAAGAAAAAUGGCUACCCAGACUGUAGGGACCAGUCAAAGAGGUGCAAACCUAGGAUUUCUGUGUGUUUAACAUGAAAACACUCGAGUACAAUAAUUGUAUCCACUGUUUGCAUUCCAACUGCCACAUUUUUGCCAUAUUUUUACAAAAAUCCGUGUUGGUGAGGUUGUCAUUUUUUUAAUUCACAGGUUGUUUACUAUUAUAUGUGACUAUUUUUGUAAAUGGGUUUUAUGUUCCGGGGGGGUGGGUGCAGGGGUAGGGGGAGCAUAUGAGGAGCAGCUGUUCUCCUGUCUGAGUCUCUUGUAAUGUACAGACCGAAGCGAUGUGCAUGAAGGCAUGCUACACUUAUAGACCAUGCAUGGAAAACAAUAAGACUUUGCACAAGAGUUUUAAAUACUUCCAUGUUUCAGGAUGGCUUCAGAUUCUGAGGUGCUUAAUAACAGUAUACAUCUUUUGUGUCUCAUCCUGACAAUUCUUAAUGUGCCUGUAAGUCUCAUAAAAUCAACAGUUAUUCAAUAGAGGGUUGUGGGUUUCUUUUUUUUGUUUUCCAAACAGACUGGUUGUAAUGCCGAUUUGAAUUGGAGUUUAAAUUGUGCUAGGGGAAGAGGUGCAGUGUUUUGGCAAGAAAAUACAUUCGCUUAAAUUGAUUCGGAACUGGCCAACAGAAACGGGUGGGGUAUGGGGAGGAAAACCCCAACAUUUAUAAGUUUGUUUGUUUUGCUUUCUCCCCCCAGUAUUGUUUAGCCACCUUCUGCUCUCAGCAAGGUUGACAUUGUAUGUGUCAAUGAGAUAAUGCUGUCUAUGUAAAUAGUUAUUUUAACCCUGUGGUGCAUGUUUGAGCAAAGGAAUAAUGACCUGUGCACAAUAUUUAUUGCGUCAAAUAUGUACCACAAUGAGUGUCGUUCGCAAGCCUUGAAAAGAAAAAAAAAUGAUGUAUUCUGUACCAUUAUAAGUAGUUUGGAGGCUAUCACUGAUGCAUGUUGUUUAUUCUUGCCUUCGCUGCUGUAUUUUACUUGGAUUUGUUCCGAAAUCUAAUAUGGGAAGCCAUAUGUCAGUGGUAAAAGUGAAACCAAUUGUUCAACCGGACAUCAUUCCUCAUUUCAUCAAGCAAUAGUUUGCAGCUUUCGGGAUUAAAAAAAACAAAAAUUUAAAAAAAGCUUCUUGCUUUGCUCUUACUUUAUUCCUCUCUUAACUUUCGAGUGAGUACUGUACAGUGCGUAGCCAAACUGUACACAUUUCAUGUUGGAAACAGCUUAAUCUGUUCAAAGUACAUGUUUAGAAUUUUCUAAGGGGAAAACAAUUAUAAAUAGUGUACAAAUAUCAUUUGAUUUUAUUUUUCAGCAUUUUGUACAUAAAUGACAAAACAAAACUGACUUUCAGGUUGAUGUCACAGGCUGUUAUUACUUUCUGUUCAUGGCACUUUUUAAUUGAUGAACUUCACAAAGUAGUUGAAAAACAAGAGGAGAGAAUGGGAGGUAAUGUUAGGUUUCUGUUCUUUUUUUUUUUUUAAAUUAGAACUGUAUUUUUGCACACAUCUUAAAUGUGGAUGUUCAGAGUCCAAAAUGCACUUGCUUCCAAAUAGCUAUAACUUGUAAUUGAAAUGUGGUGGGAAAGACUUAUUUGAAUUCCUGGCACUGCCUGCUUCAGCAGUAUCAAUUUAGUCUAUCUAUUCAUAAAAUCCUUGAUCUUUUCCAGUGUUUGUUUACAUAGACUAAUCUUAUUCUUGUUGAUUCAUGCUGCACUAGAAGUCUUCUAAGUAUUAUAUGCGGUCCCACAAUUAUAUUUCCCCCCCCCCACAAGAACUAAGUAGCGAACUUAUAUAUCUGAUCACAUCAGGACUUUUUUU